GCCCUGUCUUGUUGGGCAUUUUGUAGCAGCAUGUAGCGCUCAUGUCCUUGGGGCGAUGCAACUCGGAACCUGUCUUGCGCAGAACUGCGAGAGAUCCUGCAGAAAAGCGUUUUCUGCAUUUUCUGGAUCAUUAUUCCCAAAGGCAUAGGCCUGAUAGGCCUGUAAGUCGGGCACAGACACAACCGCAUCGUGUCAUUGUGACAGAUGCCUCCGAUGCCAGAAUCGAUCGUGGACUGCGCCAUACGCCCCAGCCAUCCUUGCCGUCGGCGAAAAGGCCCAAAUCUGGUGCACCUGUCAGUCCUAUGACCGCGCUCUUGAGGCGACCCAGCUCUGCAUUGAGCAGGGACUCACCUGGUAAAAUCACAGCUAUCCGACAAAGGGUGCUAUCCAAGAUAGCCAUCGGAAUUCAUGUUGCCCUUUUAAAUGCCAAAAUCAGUCAGAAACCUGGAGAAAUCCAGCUAGAAGAGCCGAUGAGAGAAGCAACAGUUGAACAUGUCCAGCGAAUCUAUCGCCAAUUCCUGAGAUUCAAAGCGCUGGAGUCAGACAGGGCAGCUGAAGCUCAGUACUUACAUCAAGUGAAGCUCGUCCAAGAAGCCUGGUGUGAGAACUCGGGGCCGCAGGCUGCGCAGGACGACUCUUUCAGUCGGAAUCCGUGGGAUUCAGAGAGUGAGAACCCACUGUCGCGUAUGCGCUGGGCCACAUUCAUCCAUUGGUUGGAACAAGAAGCCAGUUGUGGAAUACAACAGACGUAUCGACGGUCAGUGGCUGCUCUAUUGAGAGGAGUCAAGCUUUGGAGGCAGAUGUGUGCCAGUCCAGAGCAAGCUGAGGGGAUCUCGCUUGGUUUGCUACUUUCAUGGGCGUUCCCUUCUUCAUCCUCUGCUAACAUUGCUGAAAUGCUAUCAUGGCUCGCACUCAAUGAACUUGAAAGCAUCCGUUGGCCAUCGCCAAGACUGAUAGAUGACGAAGAAAGAAAACAAUUGGAAAGGAUUUUCCACAAGGUCUAUGCAAAGGGCCGCGCAGCCAUCACUGCGGAUGACAUUGCUGGUGGUGACUUUCCAGACCGACAAACCCAGAUCAUGACAUUAGUCGACUCUCGCCUUGCUCGACAUGUUUUUGGUGACAAGAAGCCGCUUGGAAGUGAUUGGGACUGGUGA